UUCCAACUCCAAUACCGGUUAGUGAGAAAAUUUCUCUUAUUUUCCCGGGUGUUGUACCAACCACACAAGAACUCAAAGCCCAGUCCUACCGAACCGAAGACCCACCCAACCCCGUGAGCGGAGCUACCUCAUCCCGUCGGCGGCGACCUCACUCCUCAUUCAGACUGGCAGGCGUUCAUUGUGAAGGAUGAUCUGGUGCCUGUUAUAUACAAUUUAAAUUCAAGACGUGUAUUAGAGAAAAAGAGCGAUGGCCGAUUCCAAACCUGAAACUAGUAUGAGAUGCCAUCAUUGUGCAGGUCCUCUUUCUAUGAAGAUGGAAACGAGCGAGUGGACUGUUGCACCUCUUAUUAGGGAUAGCUUUUCAAUGAUUGGCUCAGCUGUUGGUGGCACAGCAAGUGCUUUUUAUGGAUUCAACCAUGUGAUGCCUAUAGUUCGGAGGUGGGUAAAAGGACCCAUGUGGUUGCACUUUUUCAUUGGUGCUCCGCCUGUGAUUGUAUUCUCUUCAGCUUGUGCAGGUUUAGCAGGCGGUGCCGUUCCAGCGUUGGCCCAACUUGCUUCUUCAUCUUAUCAUGCAGUGAUCUCAUCGUCCUCGUUGCCGCCAACUUCUCAAGAUGAAAAGAUGCAGGAGUCCAGAACUUCCUCGAUUCUGUAAUGUUGUAUAGUUUUACGCGUGGAAAAGACGCGUUAGAGAACCAUCCAGGUUUGACCUGUGUAGUUGUCCACCAGAUCAAGGUUGUCUGCUUGAGGCAGACACAAGUUUUGGUCAUAAAAAGUAAGUUACGAUGCAAAUUAUUUAUGCAGUCAAUAAAAUUGUCAGUUUUAUAGGAUAUGAAAUACCUAAUUGCGUUUUAGUUUCCUCGAACCCUAGUGCUUUUCUCUCCAUCUUUCAUGUAAAUCAGGAAAUACAUGCAAGGCUGAACACGGAUGUAUCCCAAUGACAGUAUCUGUACGUAUCAUAUUAUAAGGGUCCUUGGAACAAA